AUGCCGACACUAACUUGCCUCGACGCUGCAUCGUAUCCUCACAUCCUGGAUGGUGUCCUCGCUUAUGCACAGUACCCGGCUCUCCUUCUCCUCCGACGUGUGUCAUGGUCUACGAAACGCAAAGCCGACGCUUGUCUCGCUACCCAUGUCAUCUUGCACAUGCCCGAUUUCGGUCCACCAGUGUCCACUGGCGAGCGCUAUCUCCGCGAGUACGACCCCAUAUACUGCUGCGACCGCGUGCGCAGUCUAACGGUCCUGUCCUGUGCACCUGGAGUGCACCCACAAGCGCCUAGUGUUGCGCCGCCACUACGCAACACUGGGCCCUCUGUGCUGAGCCCAGGAGCCGCUGGUGAGGCCUACACCGCGCGCUUCCCACGCCCGCUCUUGCCUCCCGCGAGCCGCUUGCCUGGGCUUAUGAGUUGGCGCGACGUGGCCACCCCAGAGCAAGAAAUGCGAGCCCAGCGAGGCCUGCGCGCGGGUAUGGUUAUGGACGUGUGCGUACUGGACUCUCGCCGACGAGCACGCAAGACGGCGCUCGAGCGCUGUCUACGCGCCAUCGAAGGAGUGCGCAUCGUCGACGUCCCUGCACUGGAGGCGGCCCAUCUGUCGCGCGGGGCGGGAUUCGGCGCCAUUGACCUACUAGCUGUCAUCAAGCCCAAUAUCGUGCGAUUCCACUCCGCAUGGGGACCCGGGCCGGACCGCUGGGACUUCUUCCCAACAGCGCAACGUCGCGUACUGUUUGCUCCACUACUGAGGGUGGAUGGCGGGAGGUGGUUCGUACCGACAGGUGAUAUCCCUGCGGUAGAGCGGGUGAAAAUGCCUGCGAAGGACAUUGUGAUCCAUUUCACCGGCGCGGCAGCGAUACCGGCAGGGAUUCAGACCCCCUUGCACGUGGACCGACGGACGAUGACGCUCACGAAGAUCGUGCUCAUCUUCUCUGACGUUGGUGGAGGGGAGGGAGAGUCGGUCGGCGAAGAUAGGGCAGAGGGAGAGGAAGGCGAGAGGGUCAACCCGUGGCUGAACGCCACAGCCGCGCUAGUCGCGUUCCUCAUACACGGCGACAUUACGCUGGUCGACUCGUCUCCCGUCUUGGGUACCAGGGGGGAGAUUGUGGCAGCUUUAGAGAAGGCGGCGAUGAAGAGGCGACAAGACAACGCCGCGCCCAACUGGCGUAAUGACGACGGCGAAGAAGACGAUCUGGCGCGCGUCCGGCUACUCUCAAAGGAGGAAUACCGCGAAGUGGUUGGUGACCAGAUGUUUGCGUUCGAUAUGGUCGGGCUCUCGGGAGCUUGA